CAUAUCACUCGUGGUAUUCAAACACAACACAUCAAAAUGUACAAGUUCUUCGUCCUCGCCGCCGCCUUGGCUUGCGCCAACGCUGGAUACCUCGGAGCCCCAGCCGCCGUCGGAUACGCCGCCGCCCCCGUCGCCACUUACGCUCAUGCCGCCCCCGUCGCCUACGCCCCGGCCGCCGUCACCUCCCAGUCCUCCAACACCCUGAGGUCCUUCGGAAACUUGGGACAGGUCUCCACCUUCCACAAGACCGUCGACACCCCUUACUCCAGCGUUUCCAAAUCUGACGUCCGUGUCUCCAACCCCGGAUACGCCACCUACGCCGCCGCCCCGGUCGCUUACGCCGCCCCCGCCGUAGCCACCUACGCUCACGCUGCCCCCGUCGUCACCAAGGCCUACGCCGCCCCUGCCGUCGCCACCUACGCCGCCCCUGCUGUCGCCACCUACGCCCACGCCGCCCCCGUCGUAGCUAAAUCCUACGCCGCCCCCGUCGCUCACGCCGGUCUCCUUGGAGUCGCUUACUCCGCCGCCCCCACCGUCUCUCACCUCGCCUUCGACGGAUUCGGAGCUCACUACGGAUGGUAAUUACCUUAAUCCCAUCGA